CUUGGUCUUGAAUCUUCGGGACGGUGAGCCAUUUGCUUGAUGGCACUUCGCCAGCGCUGUCGUACUUCCCUUGCGUGGCACUGGCAUCGGAACUAUUCAUCUACUAACAAAAACAACAUCAAAGACAACAAAAACAGAGUUCCCCUUCUCUGGAGUGGCUCUGAAGACGAAGACGCAGGUACCGUCCAACUUCUCUCCUGGGGCAGAGGCGCCUCCGGCCAACUUGGCGGUGGCAUCGAGGAAAUCCGAAUCUACCCAGCAACUGUUGCCUCGCUUUCCCUCCCUCCCUCUUGUAGUCUUUCUUCCUCGAUUCCCGGCCGGCUCUGUUCUCCUCAUCUGCCAUUUUCAAAACACGGCGACGCAGCAGAGUUGGAGGUGGGCAUCUCUUGCGGCCUCUUCCAUUCGGCAUUGCUGGUCGGUGGCAAAUUCUGGAUUUGGGGCAAAGGUGAUGGUGGCCGCCUCGGGCUUGGACAUGAGAAUCCGGUCUUUGUCCCUACUUUAAAUCCUCAUUUGGAAUCCGUCCGAAGCAUAGCUCUUGGUGGUCUUCAUUCCAUGGCUGUCAACUCUUCUGGCCAGGUUUUCACAUGGGGCUAUGGUGGCUUUGGCGCUCUUGGGCAUUCUGUUUACCAUAGAGAACUCUUCCCGAGAUUGGUGGAAGUCUCUUGGGAUAAACAAAUACAUCACAUUGCAACUAGUGGGGCGCAUAGUGCUGCUAUCACUGGAUCAGGUUAG